AUGUUGAAAGACGUGAUUCAUCCACAAGAGCAGCAGCUCCCCCUUGAUAAUGUUUCGAGUCCGAUUAGCGGACCGGUUUUUUAUUUUUUCGACGCCGAUCCCUUCUCCGACGCCGGCGUGCAAAGCUCGGAGGUGACUUAUGGUAAUUGCUCCUUCGAUGAAAGCAAUAACUACGGCGAGAAGCUCACAUUGCCACCUUCAGAGACUCCCACUGCUGCUGCCAACAACCCCGUCGUCACAACCACCACAAGUACCACCGUCACAGCCGCCACCUCUGACAAUGACAAAAACAUGACCAACGACGACGAUGAUUACAACAACAAUCUGUCCAUAAUCUUCGACUCACCGGACGAUAUCGACAACGACAUUUCAGCUUCCAUAGACUUCUUUCACCUUCAAUCCCCUUCUAAUUUUUCAGUUCCCCCAUCAUUUUUUACUCAACAAGAACACCAAUUUGACCUCUCUUUAGUGCAAAAUCAGCUUCAGAUGCCCGUCGACGAUGGGCUCUCUCAAUAUGGAGGCGGUGAUCACCGUCACAUUGUUACGACCGCCUCGCUUAUUGGGCCAUCACCGCCAUCACUGACGUCUGUUUUCGACGACGAUUGCUUUUCCUCGAUGCCUUCUUUUUAUCUGCCUUUAAACCCUUCAUCUCCUUCUUGCUCUUUUCUCGGCGGUCAUUCUAUGGCGGCUUUCAUGCCGAUGACUGCUGCUUUACCUGCUAAUAAUAAUGAGAUUUUUGCCGCCAGCAACAUUCUCACGGCUCCUCGUGAACUUUUUCCACAAGACUUGGAUUUUCAAGGCGAUAAUUCUGGGAUUUUCUGCCCGGAUUCAAUGCAACGGAUGUUUAAACCCGGAGAUCUAGAGAUCUCAAGCUUGGAAGAUUCAUCUUUUAACAGAGUUGGAAAACUCUCCGUUGAACAAAGAAAAGAAAAGAUCCAUAGGUACCUGAAGAAACGCAAUGAAAGGAACUUCACCAAGAAAAUCAAGUAUGCCUGCCGCAAGACAUUAGCGGAUAGCCGACCUCGAGUGAGAGGAAGAUUUGCAAAGAAUGAUGACUUUGGAGAAACCCAAAGGCAAGCUUCUAGCAAUCUUGAGGAAGAUGAUGAUGACGAUCAAGUUAUCAUGAAAGAAGAUGAAGACAUGGUUAAUUCCUGGGAUAUUUUUGCUCAUAUCAAUGGUGUCAACUCCUUUAAACCAAGUUAUUCAAUUCAAUCGUGGAUUUAA